AUGCCCCCCGUCCCCAUCACCAUCGUCACGGGCUUCCUCGGCUCCGGCAAAACCACUCUCCUACUGAAUCUAAUCCCACAACUACCACCAUCGUACCGCCUAGCGCUCCUGAAGAACGAAUUCGGCGACGUCGCCAUCGACUCCCAACUCGCCUCGACGCAGUCCAUCUCCGGCGUGCGCGAGCUCCUCAAUGGCUGCAUCUGCUGCAAUCUAGUCGGCCAGCUCAGCGAUGCGCUGCAUCAGUUGCGCUCCGAGGUCCAGCCGGACCGUAUCGUCAUUGAGACCAGCGGGAGCGCAUUCCCCGCAACCCUGGCCAUGGAAGUCAACCGUCUGGCUCGUGAAGAGCCGGGCAGUCUGGUUCUGGAUGGGGUGAUCAGUGUCAUUGACGUCGAGAAUUGGCAGGGCUACGAGGAUACCUCGUACACUGCUAAGCUGCAGGCCAAGUAUACGGAUCUGAUCGUCUUUAAUAAGUGGGAGAUUGUCUCGGAGAUGCGGUUCGAUAUUUGUCUCGACCGGGUUGGUGAUCUUGAGGUGCAGACGCCCUGGGUGAAGUCGGAUAAGGGAAAAGUCGAUAAGGAUGUCCUUCUGGGUAUUGACGGGGCGCUGUUUACCAAACAUGAUGACAGUGCGGAGGCAUUGCGGUUGACUAGUCACGAUGAUGGUCAUCAUCAUGACCAUCGUACAGACCAUCAGUCCGAGGUGGAGGUACUUUCCGUCUCGCUGAAAACGGCCCAGCCUGAGCAAACCGUCGAUAUCGCCGCGUUGGAGCAAUUACUCCUCAACGCUUCAAGAGACGAAGUCUACCGAAUCAAGGGAGUCCUGCGCUGUUCGGCACGGUCGCCGCCGGCGGAAUCGUCAGACUAUCUCGAGGAGAGGAGGCCUGCAACGGACCGGAAUGGAGCGACCCGGUAUUACAUUCUCAAUUGGGCCUUUGGUCGGUGGACGUUCACCCCAUCCGACACGGUCGCGGAGACUGCCGACGUCACGGUGGUCGCGCGCCUGACGUUCAUCCUGGCACGGUACGAGUCGGCGAAAUGGAAAAAGAAGCUGGAAGCAGGAGGACUCCUGCAGGCAGCCGCAGUGAAUGACGACAUGGAGCUGGUGGUGGAUCGACUGGUUUAA